UCAUUUUCCACCUCUCAUAUCUUAAUGGCUCUCAAAAGCACAACUUACAUAUCUAAACAACACACAAGAGUAUAGAAACAUAGACAACUUAGAAGAAGAAAAAUUGAGGCAAAAUAAUAAUGGCUUCUACUUCUUCAAUAGUUUCAAUGGCAAUGCCACUAACUUACACAACACAAAAGAAGCAACCAAUUGUGGAAGCUUUUUCCAAACCAUUGCCAAUUAGGCCUUCAAAACAAAUUGCAACUUCAAAAUCAUCCAAUAAGUUUGUAGUCAUCAAGGCCUCUUCAAUUAAGGAAAAGGCAGUGGCAGGGUUGACAACAGGUGUACUCACAGCUUCAAUGGUUGUACCUGAUGUAGCACAAGCUGCUGAUGGUUUGUCACCAUCACUCAAGAACUUCUUGCUUAGCAUUGUGUCUGGUGGAGUUGUGGUUAUUGCAAUUAUUGGGGCUGUUAUUGGUGUCUCCAAUUUUGAUCCUGUUAAGAGGGGUUAAUUUUGUGCGUCUUCUUUCUAUAUAUGAUGAUAUUGUUUGGUUUUCAAGUA